CAACAGGAGCUAUACAAGAUUACAAGUGGAGGCUACUGAUUGAAUUUAUCCCAAAAAGUUUUGCCCACAGAGGAUUAAUUAGUUGCAGUUGAUCUCUUCGAUCAAAACUAGGGCCGUUUGUCUUCAGCCUAAUUGCCCACCACCCGUGUCCAAAUUAAGCUCAAAUCACAUGGGCUAAAAGCAUGGAAACCAAACAUUUACAUAUGAGCGACUACUAAUUUUGUGAAGGGUUUAAAUAUUUAAAUUAGAUCUGGUCCUGCAAGUCCCGCAAAUUGUAGGAUUAAUUGGGCAAAGAUAGUACUGCCCAAAGCAUCAAUCCAAUAUCAAAAUCAAGAUCAUGAUCUCCAAAAAAUGGAAAAGAUUAAACGUUAGUUGUUGGCACGUACUACCGUGGGCUCUGCUUCAAUUUUGUUUCGAUUAUUUUUGUAGACUAAGUCACGUACGUGCAGACCAUGACCUGCUCUCCCAACAUUUGCAAUAUUUGACGAAUUUAAUUUUUCCGAGCCCUCUCUAAAAUUGUCUGAUUUGGAUCAGAGCAAAGAAAAAAAGAUAGUAUUAUCAUAGUAAACGAUAUCACAUUUCCUGAAAACAGAAAGGAGAUUGCAGUUUUUCUCUGUGAAACAAAAUUAAUAAACUCGUUAAUUUUCUCUAAUCAGAUUUUUUUUUGGCGAAAUAAUAAGCUCUGAUGAGUGAUUGGCUAGGUGGGAGAGAAUAUUUGAACGUGAAGGCGGGCUAGUGCACCGACCGACAGGUGGGCCACAAUCUACCCGCGCCGGCCAAAUGGAUCCACCCUGUCGCAGCGCCAGUGCAGGCGGGCACGUUGGGUGUGUAGCCGGCAGGUAGCCAGCCCGGUCGUUAAGCCUAGCUUCGUCUCGUUUCCAACACUUUCCCGCGGAAAGAAAAAAAAAAGAAAAAACAGAGCACGAGAGAGCUGGAGAAGCCAUGGCCAUGGCAGGAAGGCGAUGAGAAAGAGAUAGGAAGCUGACCUGCCUCUUCGUCGGUCAUGGCCGCGUUGUGACGGCGCCGGCGGCCGGAGGACGGGACGAAGCUACGCGCGCUGCGGCGGCGGCGGCGAUCGACUGCUGGUGUUGAUCAGGAUUCAAGGGAGAGAAAGAUAGAUUGUUCAUGGGGGAGCCAAACCAGAGGAGGUUGUACCAAGUCUGGCAGGGAAGCAACAAAUUUCUCUGCGGCGGACGCCUGAUUUUCGGUCCGGAUGCGGGUUCUCUGUUCCUGUCCACCGUGCUCAUAGUGGCUCCUCUGGUAGGCCUAUGCUGCCAAUGCAUCACAAAGAUGAACUCGAUCAGUUCAGAGAAACAAGUUCUUGGCCUCCCUGUCCUCAUUGCCACCAUCGUUCUUGGCCUAGCAGAUUUGGCAUUCCUGCUGAUGACAUCGAGCAGGGACCCGGGGAUCGUGCCGAGGAACGCGCGGCCACCGGAGUCGUGCGGCGGCGGCGACGAGGAGGGGGUCGCCGGAGACGUGACGACGCCGUCGGCGGAGUGGGUGACGGCGGCGAGCCCUCACCUCCGGCUGCCGCGCAGCAAGGACGUGGUCGUGAACGGGUGCGUCGUGAAGGUGAAGUACUGCGACACGUGCCUGCUGUACAGGCCGCCACGUGCCUCCCACUGCUCCAUCUGCAACAACUGCGUCCGCAAGUUCGACCACCACUGCCCCUGGGUCGGCCAGUGCAUCGGUCUGCGGAAUUACCGGUUCUUCUUCCUGUUCAUCUCGACGUCGACCCUCCUCUGCGUCUACGUCUUCGUGGUGUCCUGGCUGAACAUCGUGGCGCAUAAGGACGGCAACGACGGCUCGCUGCUGAAAUCCAUGGCCGGUGAGCCGUUGUCCGUCGUGCUGAUCGUGUACACCUUCGUCUCGGUGUGGUUUGUCGGCGGCCUCACCGUGUUCCACCUCUACCUCAUGAGCACAAACCAGACAACGUACGAGAACUUCAGAUAUAGGUACGACAAGAAGGAGAACCCGUAUAACAGGGGUGCUAUAUCGAACAUAGCAGAGGUGUUCUGCGCUGGGAUCCCGCCGUCGAUGAACAACUUCCGGUCAUGGGUGGCGCCGCCGCCGCUGGAGGAGCCGGACGACGUCAGCGGGCAGCUUCCGCCGAGGAACGGGGCCGAUCUCACCGGCGGCGUGAAGGAGAAGGUGGACCUGGAGAUGGGCCGCAACGGCGGCAUCAUCCCGGCGAUCUUGCGGGGGCUGGACUACGACGAGAUGGAGAAGAACGAUGUCAGCGUGCAUAUCAAGGAUCGGGGAGCGGCACCGGCAGCGCCGGACCCAUUCAUGGCCGGCCGGUGGCACAACGAGGACUGUGAGAGUACUCCGACGGCGGUGAGCCACCAUGUAAAUUCAGAACGAUUAUGACGUCCCCAGAUGCCUCUAGUUGUUGCAAAUUUAAAUUAUUCUUUUUGGGCGUUUUGGCUCUAAAGCAAGUUGGAGAAAUCAGAAAAAUUGUAGGUGUAAAUUGGGUACACAUUUCUGAUGGUUAUCUUGAAUACCUGAGAUUGUUCCUUUGUU